CAUUAUAAUAAUUAAUCAAAUACAACAUCUGCUUUGUCACUAAGGAAAUAUUUGACCGAUAAUCUUGCGCAUGCCCGUCGAACCGUUAUUUUUCAACUUAAACCGGUAUUCGAAGUAGCCAAAGCUCAGACAUGACGUUUAAUUAACAUAUUUCUAACCAAUAAAAACUCGUUUCGGACAAGCCGCUACUUCGCGUCGGGUUAAAUUUGAGAGAUAAGGAAUUGUCGAUAAAAAGAGAUCCAGAAUUGUGAUUUAAUACAAAGUUAUCAUUCAACACAUAUGCAUAUUAACAAAUGUAUUUAAUUGCGUAUUAUCACUCGCUUGAAACACUCGUCUUUGUGAAAAAUAGUAAGCCGGUGAUACUGUAAUAUGACAAAAUAUUGAUUGGGAAUAAAAAAUGGUGAAAAAUACAAUUGACACAGUUUCUGAAACAAUAGAAAAUGAGGAUAAUGCAGUGGAUUUGGAUCAAGCACUUUCUGUAGCCGGCAUUGGCUGGUAUAACAUACGAUACAGUUUGGCCUUAGCCCUCUUCCUUAUAUCUGCGAUUAUAGAUCCGGUCGGCUAUUCGUAUUUGCUCCCAGCCGCCAAAUGUGAUCUACAGAUGACAGACGCGCAGCGUGGAGUCAUCGGCUCUAUCCCAUAUAUUGGUGUAGUUGCUACUUCAUUUCCAUGGGGAUAUCUUGUAGAUACUAAAGGAAGAAAAAAGACAGUUGUAUAUAGCUCACUAGCAGCCGGUUUAUUUGGUGUGAUCGCUGCUUUUAUGCCUGAUCUCACUAGUUUUACGAUUUUCAAACUUCUCUCAGCUUUUUGUAUAGCAUGUCCAGCCUCAGUGCCGUAUUCUUUUAUUGGGGAAAUUUUACCUCAAAGAUACAGAGAUAUUACACUAUCAAUAACAAAUGCCAUGCAGAUAUCGGGAUCGGCUUUGGUGCCAUUACUAGCAUGGGCAAUACUACCACUCGAUUUCAGAAUUGACUUUGGUUUAUACUAUUUCCGACCCUGGAGGCUACUUACGAUGAUAUAUUCAAGCUUUUUUAUCUUAAGUGCAAUACUUAUGUCGUUUGGCCCGGAGAGUCCGAAGUACCUCAUUUCACAAGGCAGACAUGACGAAUCAUUGGAAGUAUUAAGAACUAUAUACUCUGGAAACAAAAGAAAACCCGCAGCUGAUUAUCCGGUGAAAAGGUUGAAAUUACCCGAACAGGACAAACAAAAGCAAACUUUUCUCAAUUCAUUAGUACAACAAACAAUACCGUUGCUCAGACCGCCCUAUUUGAAGUGGUUUAUACUAAAUGGCACUUUAUUGUUCGGAAUAUUUGCCACUCUAAAUGGCCUGUACAUGUGGAUACCAGAUAUCCUUAACAGAGUACUCACCGGAGACAGUGCCGAUCUUACCGCCUGCGAAGUAAUUGCUCAACGGCUUAAUGAGACAUCUUCAGAAAACGCACAAUGUAACGAUUCCAUUGAUUCUAUGACAUUUGUGAUUAACACAAUUGCCAAUUUUUGUUGCGCCUUCAUUGCUCUCGGAUUCAGUAGCACUGUAAAAAUUCUGGGAAAGAAAACAUUACUGGUCCUAGUUUAUAUGGUGAUAGGAAUAUUCUGUGUACUUAUAAAUUUCGUUACACAAGACACAAUAUUUGCGAUAUUACUGUCGUCGUUACCUAUCACUGGGCUUGCAAUAGGCCCAAUAAAUGCUUAUGCUGUUGAAAUAUUUCCAACUAAUUUAAGGGGUAUGGCUAUUGGUCUUACGAUGAUGGUUGGUAGAUCGGGUUCCAUUGUGGGUACGAAUGUUGCUGGCCUCCUGAUUAACGCCAUCUGCGAGCUAACUUUCUACAUCUUUGGAGGGAUGUUAAUACUUUGUGGCCUACUUUCGCUGUUGCUACCGAGGUCACGGAUAGAACCUAGACCAGCCAAAAAUAUGCCUUUAUAAUUUACUAGUGGCGGACUAACAGGGAGGCGGUAUGGGCCUCCAGUCUUGGGGCCCCAAAUGCAUCCGCGUGAUCAAAUCCUAAACAAGACUUUAAAAAUUAGCUUAGUAUCUACAUAAUUUCUUGAAGAUCAAAACGCGACACUACAGCCAUCUAGACUUUUUAUACAUAAAUAUAUAUAUAUGCUUUUAUUAUAAGCUGGGGGGGGGGCUUUCACCUUUGCCACCCCGGGCCUCUGACGGGCUUAGUCCGCUAUUAUAAUUUACUUUCGAAAAUCUCGUUAUUGUUAAGUUACUGUUUACGAAUAACGAUAUUAAUAUUAUAUACUUCUAAAUUUAAAUAUGUUGACUUGAUCAUAGAGAAAUGAUAGAAUUGCAUUACAUUAAUGUCAUUUUUACAUUCACAAUUUUUAACGAUCACUAUUUUCAUAUCAAAAGUAUAGCAGUUUUGUAGUGUAGAAUUUCUACCUGUGAAACUUUAUGUAUAUGAUUACAAUAUUAUUUUGAUAUUCGACUUAUAAAAACCGUUACAGAUAUUGAUUUCUCGCACGCCAUCUAGGUUAAACAGCUGAACAUACGGCUUAGUUUUAUAUACGUAUUAAAUCUUAAAAAUCCUUAAUUACUCAAACAUAUUUGUCAAUAAAUAGAAUAAGUGAUAAAAAAACCUUGUGAUAUUUUUAUGUACUUACGUUAGUUUAAGACAGAUACGUUAUAAUAUUCUAAUGAUAUAAAGUUCUGUUCAAGAUCCUGUGAGGCGAAAGAAUGUCAGACAGCUCUAUGAUUUGCUUUUUCGUAAAUCGUACCUAAUUUUAUUUU